AACAUUUUCAAAACAGAUCUGCCUCAGGCGAAAAGCAGUGUUUAUGAUUGUACUCUUGCCGUCUUGGUGUUACAUGGAGAGUGCUUCGAGUCAAGUACUUGCAGUUGUAGUAACGACCACUGGCACUGCAUGGUUUGUGUUCACCAAGAACUAGCUCGAAGAAGUGAAGCAGAGUGGUUCAGAGUAAGGAAUCUAAAAUUUUAAUGGCCAAGAGUGUGUCACAAAUACUAUACAGUGCACCUCCUCACUCGUCGACUGCGACACCUUUGCCGCUUUGGAACUUCAUUGCCAACCAGAAAUAGAGGCGUGCUGAACAAAAGAGUCAGCCUUUGUUCAAACGUCAGGAAGUCAUGGGCGACGAAAAAUUUCCUCUCACAUCAUCGACAAGCCGUGGUGCCCUGAAUGGUAUUGACACUGAUCUGUAUGUCUGUGACUACUCAAACAAAGUUAUGAUUGGCAUUACGCAGUAUGAGAAGUUUGGAACAAUGAUUCUGUGCUAUCGCGACGGUGCAGCCGACUCCACAAACCAAGAUCAGCUUGAAACAUACACAGUUCGGCCACUUCUUGGUGAAGAAAACGAGGGUAUGCUGGUGUAUGCACGUAGUCUUGUCGAGUCGCUGUCCAAGACGGGCCUGGCAAAGCCGCUGCUGCUGUCAGUUGCCAUGAAGGAAUACACGCCGCAAGGACUCGUGCCGUUCGUGGACUUCGUUACGAAUCAUUGCAGUGCUGCUGCAUCAGCGCCAGCUACUGCACAAGCUGCCUCCGCAUGACACAUCAUCCAUGCCAUAGUCACUAGUGCAUGCAUUCCUGACAAGCUCCCUGUACAUAUUGAGACGUGUUCCACCGUUGCAUUACACUGUACCAUCUGUACAACAGUGACACUGUAUAUAUUGUUCGUACUACCCGAGUGUUUGUAUAUACACACACACUUUCGAGUACUUCUUGUACUAUACAACCUUUGCUCAGGAACGAGCAUCAUGCAAAGCCCAGGCUUCCUCACGGAUUUCUGACAGGCGGUCUUGAACUUGAUCAGUAAUCUGCUUUCGGAUUCUCAUUUGACUACAAUUUCUCUCACGCAUCUCCUUCAGCUGA